AUGAGCACAACACCACACACUACACCCGGUAUGGGACCCACCUCCCCUUCCUGCCCCUCGACGCUAGUCCACCAAGAUGAUGGCAUACAGACACCUAGAAGCUCACGCAACACUGUAGUGAUUGAGGAUCAAUCUUCUCGCCUGCCUUUCAGAAAAUUAUUGGUGGUCUUUUUGAGUCUUUUUGUAUGUCUUUUCGUCAGCUUCCUGGAUCAAACGAGUGUCUCGACCGUUCUGCCGGCAAUUGCCCAUGAUCUCGGAGCGGCAGAUCGCAUAAACUGGGUUGGUAUAUCCUUCUUAGUUGCAACGACUUCUAGCCAGAUUGUUAUUGCGCGUUUGAGCGAUAUUUUCGGCCGCAAGCUGGUGCUAAUAUCUGUUAUUAUCCUCUUCUCUAUGGGAAACCUCCUGUCUGGUUUCGCACAAACACCUGUUUGGUUGUUCAUCGCACGCGCAAUCAGCGGCAUCGGCGGCGGAGGUAUAAAUAGCCUAUGUAUGAUCAUUACAUCUGAUGUAGUUAGCCUGAAGGAGAGAGGGAAAUACCAAGGGUUUCUUGGAGCAGCAGUCGCAUUGGGCUCGGGUAUCGGACCACUUAUUGGUGGUGCGUUAUCUACCGCUGGGUGGCGGUGGGUCUUUUGGUUCACCGUCCCUAUCAGCAUUACAUGCAUUGCGCAACUAUGGUGGCUACUUCCGCAGAAUGAGCUGAGUGGCAAUUUCUUGGAAAAAGUCCGCAAGGUCGAUUUUAUGGGAAGCAUCCUCAGCCUUGCCUCUAUCGUUCUGAUUCUUGUGCCGAUCUCGGGUGGUGGAACCUAUUAUUCGUGGAAUUCUGCUCUUGUCAUUGCGAUGGUAUCUGUGGGAUCCGUACUCGUCAUCAUAUUCUUGUUGGUUGAAUGGCGUAUAGCGACGCUCCCGAUACUCCCUCUACAUCUUUUUCGCGUCAAAAACAUCCUGAUCAUCUAUACGACCACUAUCAUGACCGGCAUUAUCUAUUAUUGCAACCUCUACUUUCUUCCAUCCUAUUAUACAGACGCACGUGGAUUUACCCCCAUCCAGGCCGGUAUCUAUCUACUUCCGCUUGUUUUAAUACAAACCUUAUCCAGUUCACUUUGUGGACAAAUUCUUGUGCGUACCCGGAGCCCCAAACCUAUUAUUGUUGUUGGAUUCUCUAUCUGGUGUAUUGGAGCUGGGCUACAAUCAACAUUCGACAUGACCACGAGCAGAGGCAAAAUAUGUGGGUACUUGAUUUUGCAAGGCAUUGGUGUUGGAGGAACUCUACAGACCAUUGCGGCACAAGCCAGUGUGGCCAAGGAACACCGUGCUGUCGUGACCGGUGCUCGAAACUUCUUUCGUACGCUUGGUGGUGCUAUCGGACUUGUAGUUUGUACAACUGCCAAGAACGCAGAGCUGAAAAAGCAACUCCGGAAGAUUUCUGAGCUUGCACCUGAACUUAUUCCAAAAAUUAUCAAGUACGGUCCCGAAAUAGCUAUGGGUACUAGCGUAGAUGAACCAGUACGUGAUGCAUAUGCGAAUGCUCUACAUACUAUUUUUGUUAUCUUCAUUCCAAUUGCGGGACUUAGUGCCGUAUUAGCGGUAUUCUUAACGCCGAUGUUCUUGCCGGGUGAUAAGGAUGUACUUCCAACCGCUAAAGCGCCCCAUUCAGCAAAUGAACAGGGGGUGCCAUUGGAACCGUUGCCCAGUCGAGGAUAUGUAUCGAAUCACAGCUUGCAGGCUGAGCGCAUGGAAAAGCAUGCCACGAUUCCUGGUCAAUAA